GUCGCGGGCAGGUGAGGUGGCUGUUCCCUUCCUUUCCUGCCUUUCCCGCCUUUCCUUUCUCCCCAUUCCUGGCCCGACCGGGACGCAGUACAGUGGGAUUCUUGGAGCAGCAACUCUGAUCAGUAAUAAGCAGAUGAUAACAAGUUAAACAGUGCCUGGUAAACAACGCAAUCACAGUGGCAACAGUACACAAGCAACAUCAAAGAGCAGGGGACUUUGGUGUCCCCGUGUCAGUAGCAAACAUGCCUAGGAUCUCAGCUGCCAGAGUGCCUGCAAUUUUUACUUAGAUUUCUAUAGGUCUUGUAGCCAUGUCUGUUAAUGCGACAGAGAAUGAUCCUCCCAGAUUCUUUGUGGGUGGAGAAGAUGGAGAAGGAUUAUUGGAUUCAGCCAGAUCUACAGAUUAUGAACACUUCUAUGACCAUGGGGAAGAAGAGGAGGAAGAGUAUGACUCUCCACCAGAAAGACAAAUUGCAGUUGGGAUUUGUUCAAUGGCUAAGAAAUCAAAGUCCAAACCAAUGAAAGAAAUUCUUGAACGCCUCUCCAUGUUUAAGUAUAUAACCGUGGUGAUAUUUGAAGAGGAUGUUAUUUUGAACGAGCCAGUAGAAAAUUGGCCUUUAUGCGACUGUCUCAUUUCUUUUCACUCUAAAGGGUUUCCACUGGACAAAGCUGUAGCUUAUGCAAAACUCAGGAAUCCGUUCAUAAUCAAUGACUUGAAUAUGCAGUAUCACAUACAAGACAGAAGAGAGGUCUAUGGUAUUCUUAAAGCUGAAGGAAUUUUACUUCCUCGCUAUGCAGUUCUGAACCGUGAUCCAAACAAUCCCCAAGAAUGCAACUUGAUUGAAGGAGAAGAUCAUGUGGAAGUGAAUGGAGAAAUUUUCCAGAAGCCGUUUGUAGAAAAGCCAGUUAGUGCUGAGGACCACAAUGUUUACAUUUAUUAUCCAACAUCUGCUGGGGGUGGAAGCCAGAGGCUUUUUCGAAAGAUUGGCAGCAGAAGCAGUGUUUAUUCUCCUGAAAGCAGUGUGAGGAAAACAGGCUCCUAUAUUUAUGAGGAAUUCAUGCCUACAGAUGGAACUGAUGUGAAGGUGUACACAGUCGGUCCAGACUAUGCUCAUGCUGAGGCCCGGAAGUCUCCAGCUCUGGAUGGCAAAGUAGAACGAGAUAGUGAAGGAAAAGAAGUGAGAUACCCAGUCAUCCUGAAUGCAAGAGAGAAGUUAAUUGCUUGGAAAGUAUGCCUUGCCUUUAAGCAAACAGUUUGUGGCUUUGAUUUGCUACGUGCUAAUGGACAGUCCUAUGUUUGUGAUGUGAAUGGCUUCAGUUUUGUGAAAAACUCCAUGAAAUACUAUGAUGAUUGUGCUAAAAUACUGGGAAACAUCAUAAUGAGAGAACUUGCUCCCCAAUUUCAAAUACCAUGGUCAAUUCCUUUGGAAGCUGAAGACAUUCCUAUUGUGCCAACCACCUCUGGAACAAUGAUGGAGCUUAGAUGUGUUAUAGCUGUAAUACGCCAUGGGGAUCGAACACCAAAGCAAAAAAUGAAAAUGGAAGUAAAACAUCAGAGAUUUUUUGAUCUCUUUGAAAAAUGUGAUGGAUAUAAAUCUGGAAAACUGAAACUGAAAAAACCAAAACAGUUGCAGGAAGUACUUGAUAUAGCAAGGCAGCUCCUUGUAGAACUUGGGCAAAACAAUGAUUCUGAAAUUGAAGAAAGUAAAGCAAAACUUGAACAGCUAAAGACUGUGUUAGAAAUGUAUGGGCAUUUUUCAGGCAUAAAUCGCAAAGUUCAGUUAACAUAUCUUCCUCAUGGCUGCCCUAAGACUUCCAGUGAAGAGGAAGAUAAUAGAAGAAAUGAGCCAUCCCUGCUUCUCGUUCUAAAAUGGGGAGGAGAGUUGACCCCUGCAGGCAGGGUUCAAGCAGAGGAGCUUGGAAGAGCUUUCAGGUGUAUGUAUCCAGGCGGACAAGGAGAUUAUGCUGGAUUUCCUGGAUGCGGAUUACUUAGAUUACAUAGCACUUACCGACAUGAUCUCAAAAUCUAUGCUUCUGAUGAGGGACGAGUUCAGAUGACUGCAGCAGCUUUUGCAAAGGGACUACUGGCCUUAGAGGGAGAGCUGACUCCUAUUCUUGUCCAGAUGGUUAAAAGUGCUAAUAUGAAUGGUCUGUUGGACAGUGACAGUGAUUCUUUAAGCAGCUGUCAACAUCGUGUUAAAGCAAGGCUCCAUGAAAUUCUCCAGAGAGACAGAGAAUUUACUGCUGAUGACUAUGAUAAGCUCACUCCAUCUGGAAGCCUCUCACUGAUAAAAUCAAUGCAGGUUAUUAAAAAUCCUGUAAAGACAUGUGACAAGGUCUAUUAUUUGAUACAGAGUUUGACUUCUCAGAUCAGGCAGAGAAUGGAAGACCCAAAGUCUGCAGAUAUUCAGCUGUACCACAGUGAAACUCUAGAACUGAUGCUGCGCAGGUGGGCCAAGCUGGAAAAAGACUUCAAAACAAAAAAUGGAAGAUAUGAUAUUAGCAAAAUUCCUGAUAUUUAUGACUGUAUAAAAUAUGAUGUACAACACAAUGGAUCCUUAAAAUUAGAAAACACAAUGGAAUUAUAUAGACUUUCAAAGGCUUUAGCUGACAUUGUAAUUCCUCAGGAAUAUGGUAUUUCUAAAGCUGAGAAAUUGGAGAUUGCCAAAGGUUACUGCACUCCUUUAGUCAGGAAAAUCCGUUCUGACCUUCAGAGAACUCAAGAUGAUGACACUGUAAAUAAGCUUCACCCUCUCUACUCCAGGGGUGUGAUGUCCCCAGAACGGCAUGUUCGUACCCGGCUGUAUUUCACCAGUGAGAGUCACGUCCACUCUCUGUUAUCCACCCUUCGUUAUGGUGCCUUAUGUGAUGAAUCAAAAGAUGAACAAUGGAAACGAGCUAUGGAUUACUUAAAUGUGGUCAAUGAACUCAAUUACAUGACACAGAUUGUUAUCAUGCUCUAUGAGGAUCCAAACAAGGAACUUUCUUCGGAAGAACGUUUUCAUGUAGAGCUGCAUUUCAGUCCAGGAGCGAAAGGCUGUGAGGAAGAUAAAAAUUUACCAUCUGGAUAUGGAUACAGACCUGCCUCCAGAGAGAAUGAAGGCUCAAAGAAAACAUCUCAUAGAAAUGAUAGUGAUGAGGAGGUACAUGCUCCUAAACGAGAUGAAACGGAUCGAUCAGUAGUGAUGUUCAAGCCAAUGGUAUCAGACCCGAUUCACAUACACAGAAAGUCACCCCUUCCAAGAUCCAGGAAGAUUGGUUCUGUUGAAGAAGAGAGCCCCCUGAGUGUGUCUAGCCCAGAGUGUAUUGGUACCUGGCUGCAUUACACCAGUGGUGUGGGUACUGGGCGUCGAAGACGCAGAUCAGGGGAACAAAUCACUUCUUCCCCUGUCUCCCCUAAAUCACUGGCUUUCACAUCCAGUAUUUUUGGCUCAUGGCAACAGGCGCAGUUUAGGAAAGUGCAUUUGGUCCUAUCAGAAAGCAAUAGUAACUUACGAACACCAAGAACUAUUCUGGAACAAAAGCAGAGUGGUCUAGGGUCUCACUGUGCGGGCCUGUUUAGCACCUCAGUGCUCGGGGGUUCUUCAAGUGCACCUAACCUACAGGAUUAUGCUCGUACGCAUCGUAAAAAGCUGACUUCUUCUGGCUUCAUAGAUGACACCACACGCGGUUCUGCUGUUAAAAGGUUUUCUAUCUCAUUUGCUCGACACCCAACCAAUGAUGUGCAAAUUACUUAAAUAUUGCACUAAAAAUCACAGCGUGAUAGCUGUGACUUCUUGAGCAGCAUUGACCUCUUGAGCUUCAAGAGUGAGAGUUAACUGUCUUCAGUUUGCAAAAUUUCUCGUUUAACACACAGGACAGAGGUAUGUCUUUUUCUUCCUCAGCAAAAUAUUUUGCGCCUCCCUUUCUACAUGACUGAAUAGGCCCCAGAAAUAUUCAGGGCCAACUGGACCUGAAUGUAGCUUUUCCAGAUUUCUUCACUGCGGUUUUUAAAUGUGCAUGACUGCUAGCUAAGUUCAGUGAUAGUGAUAUUGAAAUUGCAGUGGAAAUCAUCAGUAUUUUCAUGUUAGAUUCAAAAUAUAUUUGCUUAGAAAAAAAGUUUAAAAAAAAAAGACUUGAGUUUUUGUUUAGCCUUGCUUAGAAGCAGAGUUGUGUUUUGUUACAUUCAUUUUAAAUCUAUAGUGGCUUUUUUGCACUGCAGUGCUUUAUAAAGGAAAACUGUAGUAAGGCUAAAUUUCUUUUUAAGACUGUGUGUGAUCAAAAAUUACAAAUCUAAUGUUUUAUCUCAAAUAGAAAAGUCAGAAGUCCAUUUUUUAUGUUACAACUCAAACCAAACAAUAUUCCCAAAACAUACAAGGUCAGAGAGUAAGAACUGCAUUUGAGAAUCUGUGGCUAAUAAUAGAAUUACCUUUUGUUCCAUUAAGUCACUUUUUUGUGAUUCCAUUCUUUUAAAAAAAAGGAUCUAAAUAGCUUUUAUCAAUCACACUUCUUGUUCUGAUUCAUUAAUGCAGCAGUUUUGCUACACAUCUUUGACAAGAUUAAUGCAUGCAGUAUGAGCUCCUAUGAACCCUAAGUAUAUUGCCGUUUCCAGGGGUUCUCUACUAACAUAACGCCCUAUUGAUGUUGUUUCGUCUGUCCUUUGCACUAUCAUUUUAAUUAUCCUUGUCCCUUUCACUGUUUUUUUCUUACUUUUAUGUUGUUAUCACACCCUCUUAACUCAUUUCAGACUACCCCCAUUUCCCCCACCCCAUCUUUAGUUCAAGGAACAUGGUGAAACAAGUAUCUUCUGAAAGUGCUAUACCUUAUUUUCUGGGCCUCUGCAGAACACCCACACCUCUUUAGGUGCUGGUCCAUUUCCUCUGUGGAAUUUCUAGGCUCCAGUGGUAUGUCUCUACAGUUUUUGAAUCUUUAGACAGCAAGGGGUGGCUUUUUGAGAUGCUGCGUUAACCCUUUCAUUGGCUUGCCUUUUGAUGUUUUAAGAAUAAAUGCAGUCAAAAAUCAAAGGCUGAUAGUGUACAGGAAGUUGCCUUCUUAAAGGGAUACUGUUGGGCUUCUUCAUCAUAAAAUUUAAAAUUUAUUUCUUAUACCAUCAGAUAAUAUUUAUCAGAAAACAAUUAAAUAAAACACGACACAUAGAUUUCCCGAUUAUGUUUUAAGCCAUAUCCCGUAGAAAUAAAGAUACUACAGUGACAUUCUGGGAUAUGACUAGCUGACAGCAGAAUUGUCAAAACUCAACAAAAAAAUUUGGAGGGGAAAUUCCUAAAACAAGAAAAUUUUAUUUCUUCUCUUUUUCCUUUUAAAGUGCAUUUUGGAAUUCCUCUUUGGUUCUCUAUAACACGCACUAUAACAGUAAUAGUUACUAAAAAGUUAACCUGACAUUGUCCCACUUCAUUAAUUGCAAAAUUAGAAAAAAAUAAUUCUCAUUCAAGUGAUAGGAACUUUUCUGUCAGGGAGAAGAGAAAUCUUACAUUUUACUGUAAGGCAACGAAAGGGUUUGCGCUUUACAUGCAUGCAUAUAGUUAUUUAGGAUAUUAAUAUGUAUGGUAAGCAUCUUAGUGCUUACACUGAAGGCUAGCUAAUGACUUUAUAGGAGAAUAGAAAUUAAUUGUAUGGUGGUGUUUCUUUUGUACACAAAACUCAUAUUUUCAUGAAAUGCAACAUUUUGUUUAUAAUUUAAGUGAAGCUGAAAUAAGUCUACCCCGGUUGGUUAAAUACCUGUAGCAAUGGCCCCCAAAAUUUGAAUAUGGCCAAGGUGGGUCUAAAUAUAAAUACAGACAUAUGGAGGUUGAAAUCUUUCUUCUUUAUGCAUAGUACUGAUGGGGAGUGAAUGGACAACACUGGAUAUCACAGGAACAUUGUUGCUGAUUAUUUUAUGGGAAAGAACAGUUCCCAGUCAUAAUGUUACCUCUAAUAAAUGUACCUUAAACUGAAAUUGUAAACAUUAUUUCAUUCACUAUUGCUUCUUCAUUUAAUUGUCUUAGAAGAAAUUUACAGUAAUGAAUUGCAAAGUUGUAAUGUUACAGCUGUAUGUUGAAAACACUAGUGGACAUGUUUUCCUCUUCUGAAAUUCAACUGGAUGAAACGCUGUUUAUUGAGUUACCAAACUUGAAUCACUUUAGAGGACUGAAAUUUUUUUUUAGCCAGGAUGUUUAAACAGUUUUUAGUCUGUUAGUUAGUACUAUGGAUAUGCAUGGUUAGUGUAUGAUCAAGACUAACAUAGAAAAGCAAAGUCCAAUAAAUUUUUAGAUUUUUGGGUUCCUUUACUUACCUGUUCCAAUAUAUGAAACUUCUAGUCUUUCAAUACUGUUUUUAAAUGCAUAAAGGUAGGUGUAUAUCUGUCUCAGAAAGUAAGUGUAUCUUGUAUACCUCAAGAUAUAAAAAUGCUAACAGUGGUUUUCCUUUGAUAUUAAAGACAACAGUUUAUUUUCACAGAAUACUGAAGAUGAUAGAACAUGAAUUCUGCAAAUUUGUUUCGUGGAAGAUACAGCAUUUUUAGCUCUUUUCUGCUAACAAAUAGCUAUCCCUCCUUUCUUGCAUGAAUGAAUUACCUAUUUAGUCUUGUGCCAGGUAUUAGAAUGAUUAGGAUAAAUAACUACCUUUUCCUGACUUUUUUUUUUUUUUUUUUUUGUGAUCUGCUAAAUUUGUCUUAAAGGGAGAUUAUCUUUCAUUAACUGAUUUGGGAGUAGGGCACAGUUCUCAUGUUGGAAUAAUUUAUGUGUACACAGGUACUUCAUGUGUACACAGGUACUUCAUGUGUACAGGGACUUGUAUCCCAUGUAUUGUAUCUUUAGCUGGAAACUGGCUCAUCUUAUUCCAACUCCUGUAAUAUUUCAUUUCCAAGAUUUCAAGAGGCUUAUGCCUGCACGUGGUCAUGUAAACUAAGCAUUUUUUAUCAUGCAUUAAUGCAGUACCUUAAAUUCUGUCUUAUGUUUGGAAAUCUCUUUUUUUA